AUGAGAUUCGCGAUUAUUCUGCUGCUAGUGACCGUGGGCCACGCUGCCAAAGUAUCCAGUGCUAGAAGUAAGGGUAAGACAGAAGAAAAGGAAAAGAGAGAUGACGGGAACAAUGCUAUUGAAAAGAGAACGCCACUUUUGCCGUCAGUGUCCUCGUCGGCGACCCCUGGCGUUGAAUAUGCUGACACCAAAGAAACCGUAUCAGAUCAGUCGCCGACGCAGCAAAUAUACGCAACUCCAGUUCCUCAAAUUGCUAAGAUAUCGGACGUGCUAGCUCAAGGACCACCGUUCCAGAACGCCAUUGCUAAUCAGCUCUACUCGCCAGUUUCCAUCUACCAACCAAGGUUCCCGACAGCUUACGAAGUUUCCCAGCCUGUACCGUCCCAAUUGGCGUAUAGCGAGCACUCAAUCCAACCUCAGAACAUCCAAUCGAUACCCAGGGCAAGCUUGCACACUAAUUACCAGCCGCAAGUUUACCAGCAAUAUGACAAUUCGCCGACGCAGCAGCAACCGAUAUCAGCGAACUAUCACCAACCCCUAAUCCAGUAUCAACAAUAUCCAGAUAAUCUGCAGUACGCGCAGCAACCUCUUCAGUAUCGCCAAGAACUUCCGCCCCACUACCAAGUUGAACAAGUGAAAGCUGCACCCGUACAAGUCAUCCAUAAUGUCCAGCAGGCAUACGCGCAACAACCUGCCCAAGGUGGCAUAAGCUACGCGUCCUUUGCUCAAAACCAACAUGAAGAGUCACAGAAACAACAAAAGUCACAGGUUCAAGCGCAAGCACAACAACUUAUCAAGUAUCAACUUCAGCACCAACCCAUACAAUAUCAACCCCAAACUCACACUCAAAUUCAGUCACAACCUCAACCGAUCCCAAUUCAGUAUCCAGAACAACAACAACAGUAUCAGAUACAACCUCAACAAUUUCAGGCGCAACCUCAGUACCACAUACAGUACGAGGCACCGCAGUUUCAAUUUCAACAACAGCCAUAUCAACAGUACCAACAACAGAGCGAAUCGAAGGUUCACUACCAGCCGCAACUUCCGUCGCUUCAGAUCCAGCAGUAUCAGCCUCAAUACGUGAAGUCUAAACAGACCGAGAAGCAGAUUUACUUCAAACAGUUACAGCAGCCCGCCGUGAUACAGCAGAUACAACCGCAACCUAAAGAGUACUCUCAGGCACCGACACAGCAUUUGGGAUAUGCCGGGCACGUCGCUCUGCCUACCUUCCCCCCGGUGCAGUAUUUUGGGAAAUAUGCACAUUCGAUCUUCGGCCAGCAGUAG